GUCACCCGGUCUAACAGAAACUCGUGCACUCUGCUGGGAUCAGGCCGAGCUCUCUUGACAAACUGCAGAAAGUUUUCCUUGUUUUCGGUUGGAGUUGGGCUCUCCCAGACAUCUGGCCAAGUGCUGUGGAAACUUUGAGAGCGAUUGCAGGAGAAGUGACAAGCGGCUGGUGCCAUCGCUUUCCCUAAUCGGCAGAGAGGCCGCAGCAAGAGCAGGACUGUGGCCAGAGUGUGGGAAGUGAACUAUCCUCUCAGGCCUUGGGGAUUUGCUGACCAGAGCCUGGUACUUUCUUCUCCUCCCUUCCCUUUGAGGCCAUUUGUCUGUUGCAGUGAUUGAUAGCCGGAGCAAAGAAUGGCGAAGAGCUUCAGAGGGACUGCAGGAGUGUGAUCCGGUCAAAGUGUGUCCUGGGGAAAUCUAGGUCGCAAGCUGCCCUUAAUCGGAGGACCUUGGGGAACAGUGCGAUGGAUGAAGACCCAAAUACUCCCCAUGAGUCUCAGGCCCCCUCAGUUGGACUACCCGAUACAUUCUGCACACUCUGGAGGGAUAUGAUGGGAAUGUUGGAUGGAUCGUUGGGAAACAUUGAUGACCUGGCUCAACAGUACACGGAAUACUACAAUACCUGUCUCAGUGACGUGCCGGAACGGAUGGAAGAGCUGUGCACUCACAGAGUCUCCGACAACCUUGAACUGGAAAGCUUAGUUGCCAAUCCGCCAUCGCCACAGCUGCUGCCUGAGACUUCAGAAUCACGUGCCUUGGGGAGUGUGGUUUCAACACCAGAGAGCGAGAGAGAACAUUUGAUUUGCAAGUCAAGCUCGGAGGAUGGGACAAUUGGAAGUAGUGACUGGAAAAAGAAAAAUAAAUCCUUUUGGCAGGGAUUUCGGAAACUACAGAAGGGAAAUGCAGUGCGGGAAUUGUGUAAAGGAGAAGAUGUUGGGUUUGUGGCCAGCGAGAUUACCAUGAGUGAUGAGGACCGCAUUGAACUGAUGAUGAUGGUCAAAGAUAAGAUGAUAACAAUAGAGGAGGCACUUGCUAAGCUCAAAGAAUAUGAAUGUCACAGCAGGCUGUCGCUGAGCAUGGAUUCAACUCAAUCGGCAGGUGGAGCCCAUGAACCGUGGGAUGGGUCCUCCGAUGGUGGUAUAUGGGAGCAGCUAGAUGAUGAUAUUCAGGAUGUGAAGAAUGACGAUGUCCAAGAGGUGAAGUUUAAGAGGCUCCACAAAUUGGUUUCUUCAAAACGCAGAUCGAAAAAGAAACUGAUUAAAGUGGAUGAAAUGAAGACUGCCUCUACUGGAGAAAACACUUGCGAUGGAACAUGCAAUGAACUGUUGGACUCUUUACACGAUGAAAGAUCAGUGAAUUACUUGGGGUCGAGGGCCCUCAAAAAGCAGCUAUACUUGAACAAGGCGUCACAGAAGAGGUCUGAGGAAGAUCCUGCGCCUCAGAUGGCCGUUUGCAGAUCCCCAUCUUCCAACAGUCUGGAAGGACGGCUAGGAAAGAAGUUUGUGAAGCCUUUUCACACGGCUGCCGAGCACAAUAUCGCACAGGUUCCAAAGAAAUCUGGAAGAACGUCCUCUGACUCAGAAUGCAGUGAAGACAAGUCACACAAGAUAUCCCGCUCCCUGACCGACAGUGAGGUGGGCAAGGGCCUCACUGUUCAGAAUCAUGGAUGCAUUGGUAAAGAAGGAGUCAGCAAUGAGAAAGCGGGCACAGCGAAAUCCCCCACAAAUUCACGGAAAUCACUGAGCAGGAAGGUCAAGUCAGUAAAAGAGACGGUGAGGAGGAAGAUUACAAAGACAUACAGUGGUACUGCUCCCCACCAGUUGCCAUCCAAUGGAGUGAUGUCCACUGCUCAGAUUCCAGAUCCAACUGAUAAGUCUAUCCAACAGGACAGACCCAAGCUGACUGGCGGUGGUUCAGUGGAGAGUCUGCGGAGCUCCUUGAGUGGGCAGAGUUCAAUGAGCGGUCAGACAGUGAGUACCACAGAUUCAUCAGCUAGUAACAGAGAAAGUGUAAAAUCGGAAGAUGGUGAGGAUGAGGAAUCUGCCUACCAGGGGCCUUUUUGUGGCCGUGCUCGGGUCCACACUGAUUUUGUUCCAAGUCCGUACGAUACAGAUUCGCUGAAACUUAAGAAAGGAGAUAUUAUAGACAUAAUCAGCAAACCCCCAGGGGGGACUUGGAUGGGUCUGUUGAACAAUAAAGUUGGGACCUUCAAAUUCAUCUACAUGGAUAUUGUGAAUGAUGAAGUGGAAAAACCAAAAAGACCGAGGAGAAGGAGACGGGGAGGCAAACUCCCAAAACCCCAAACUGUUCAGGAGCUGCUCCAACGCAUUGGUCUACAGCAGCACAUGCCGACUCUGCUAUUGAAUGGGUACGAGGACCUGGACACGUUCAAGCUGCUGCAAGAGGAGGACUUGGAUGAACUGAACAUUCUGGAACCGCAGCACAGAUCGCGGCUGCUGGCAGCUGUCGAACUCUUGCAUGAGUAUGACAGUAACAGCGAUAAAGAUCCAGCUGAUGAAUGUGCCUCUCGGGAAAUCUUGCCCCACUUUUCCCUUAAGCACAUUGAUCCAGACCUGCAGAAACAGACUCCCUGGGAUUCAGGCUGCUUUGAGGAGAGUGGAUAUCCCGAGAAUGGAAAAAGCAGAAAGUCUUGGCCAUUAGUAUCCACAGGGUCAUCGGCAAACUUUGGGUCACAGCUCAAGUGCCAAACAAACUGUCCAGCACUUCAACUUGCAAAAUCUAUUGAGAAUUUACACAUUGGAAGAGAUAAAGAGAAACACAUCACUGAGCUUCAGGUACCAUGUAGUUCCCUAAAGUCAGUCUAUAGACAUUUUGGUUACCAUGGCCAUUCAGUGCCCCUCAGAAGGACAAAUGGCCAGAAGUUGCGGGUCAGCGUAAGUUGUGAGGACUUGGCACAUUGCUGUGGCAUUCAAAAGCAAUGGCAAAGAGCUCACUCUUCAGAUGAGUUGCACAGUGAAGUUGGUUCUCCAUCAAACACCGUCUCAGAAACAGGAACACAUGCUGCUCUUCCCUGGCAAGGCAAAUUCGGUGUGGAGCAAGAAAUCAAGAAAAUCUCCCGUGUGAGGCCUCCCCGCUGUAGUGCAAGGCAGCUCUCCAGGCCAAGUACAGUUCCUUGUGUGACUGCAGAAACACGCAAUGAACAAAUCAGUGCUACUAUCCUUCAAACUACACGAAUAAAGGGCUUGGUCUCCCACCCACUUCAGUUCUCAGAAGAGAAGAACAUCCCACCUCCAAUAAUAAAGUGUGACCCACCCUAUCAAUCCACAAUACCCACACCUCUGAACAUUCAGCAGAAUCGCCAUUUUACAGAAGAACAUCAAGACCGAGCUGGGAUCUGUAAUUCAACCGAAAGCAAGAGACUUGCAACUGAAAACAGGGAAUCUUCCAGAAACCCUUCCCAGCCACCUCCAGUGCCUGCCAAGAAAUGCAGAGAGAAAAUGAAAAAUGGCAUCCAUCCUGUGCCUCAUAUUUUAAACAAGUCAAACCCUUCCACCACCUGUAGGUACGGAUUGGCCACUAACUUGCACGUUCAAUGUCCCACUGCAGAGCUAACCAAAUCAACCUUGGUUAUUCAGCCUCCUUGCUUACCAGAGACUGCCUGUCCACCACAGCUGGGAGUUAAGUUGUGUACUGUAUCUGGAAGAAAGGCUUCCUGGAGGAGAGAAGUAGAACUGGAAAUGUUAAUAGGAAACAAAUUGGAGUCGGAAGCAAUUGAUCUCACAGAGCAACCCUACUCUGACAAGCAUGGCAGAUGUGGGAUUCCAACAGCCCUGAUACAAAGAUAUGCAGAAGACCUAGGAUGUUCUGCAGAGCACAUGGCUGUGGCUGUCGAGCUCAUGAGAGUUAAACAGCUCCGCAAGCAGCAUCGAAUGGCAAUUCCAAGUUCCCUUGGCAAGAUGAGCAGAAAAACUACAGCCCUAGAAAUAUCUAAUGAGUCUUCAAGGAGCUGAUCUUCAUAGGACUGCCAUGUGUAUCGUUACAUCCCCAGCACCUCAUGCAGCACUCUGCAUCAGAUAAAGACAUCAUUUAGAAAGCAACUUCCAGCUGUUGGAAUUAAAAGCCAGUGUUUCACCAGAGUAACCAUCAUCUGAAAACAGACGUGCACUAGGUGUCCUUCAUUCUUUCAUUCUGAUAGACUUUGUACUUCAGGAGCUGUUGGUAAAGCAACAGUACAAAAUUCAAAGAGUAAGGAAAGGAAGCAGAGUGGGGUUGAAAGGUUGGCUGUAACCUUGUUUGAGAUGGGUGGGUAGUUCCCUGGGCUGGCCAAUGUGGCUCCUGGGUAGCCAUGUAGACAGGGUGUCCACCAAGGCCAUGACACCAAGGGAAUUGCCAGCAUUUAGCACUGACUGGAUUACAUGCAAAUCUACCUUUUAAGAAAUCAGCCACUGUUGUUUCAAAUUAUCAAUUAUCGUUUUUGAGUCCUGUGUCAAGGUUUUACAGAGCAGAGCCAUUGAAUUGCUAAUCAGGUCAAUUCUAGACCCAUACUCUGUCUCUGAAGAUCUCUUGCACUGCCCAUUCUAGACCCAUGCUCAGUCUGUGAAGAUCCCCUUCACUGUCCAUUCUAGGUCCACACUCAGUGUGAAGAUCCUUUGCACUGUCCCUUCUACACACAUACUCAAUCUAUGAGGACUCCUCUCACUCCUUGGAUUAUUAUCUGAUUGUAUUUCUUUCGCUUUCCUCGGCAAACAUCACCACUUCAAAGUAUCCUAGAAGUGAAAAUGUGUCAUAAUAUUAAAACUUAAAAUAUAUCCAUUUAAUAUUUUGUGAUGGUACCAAGUUGUCAGAUGUUCUGGUCAGUUUUGGGCCUGUCUGUGUCAUGUCACUACUCUGUAUUGUAUGUUGCCUUAUUAAUUACAGUGAAACUUGGAUCCCGUAAAGUAGAAAAGAAAUUAGGAUGAUCCAGAAGUAAUUCUUACGUUCUGAUAUAUUAUUUUCAUAGUACAUGUAUAUUUGAAAUCAAGGAGCAGUUCAUUUCAUGGAAUCAUAGAAAUUACAGUUACAGCAGGAGCCCAUUUACUCUCAUGUCUGUGCCAGUUAUUAAGCUGGACCUCUAUCCUGUUAUCCUAUUUCCCAACCCUUUCCUCGUCAUCCUUGAACUCAAAAUUCCAGGAGUUCCACUCUGCCUUCUGCCUCUGGCCAAAGAGAAGAAUUCUAUCUUCUGUGUCUUUGGCUCCAGGGUCAAUUGCUUUUAGUCAUGGCAAGUUUUGGAAUGUGUUCCAUUAGGCCUUAUGUAAGGCACAAGGGAGUGUAAUUCCCCUAGAGUCAGCAGGGACUCCUCAGACAUGACCUUUCCCCCCCACUCCACCCCACCUUGAUGAAGGGGGCUGGGUGCCUCCAUUGUCCAGAAUCUCUUCUGCCUCUUGCAUGUUCCAGCAGAACAGAAGCAGGUUCUGUCCCAGGUCCCAGUCCCUUCCCCUGCCCAAAGUUCUGUGUACCAACUACACGCUCACUUGUCCCAGAAUUUCAGUUCCUAGGUGUUUAACUAAUGUAACAACACAAUCUACUGCUCAAUAUACAAGAGUUCUGUAUAACUAACUCCAAAUCUUUAGUUGUUGCAUCAUAUUUCCACCACUUCAGCAUUUUAAUGAAUACCGCAAGCUGUUUUGUAUCAGACACAAUGUUUUUUUUUAAAUAUAAGCUUCUGAUUCUCCUUUUGGCUUUGAUGUUACUUAGGAAGUGGAUUGUGUGUCUUGCAACAUCUGGUCAAAGUCCAAGACUCAUAAAUGUUGACAGUAAAUUGAAAAUAUUGAAAAGCAGCACAAAAUUAAACUGAUGCACUUUGUGUAUUUGAGAAUAUUUAAGUAACUUAUUAUAUGUUUCCUUAACAAUGUAAGUAACUAUAACAUACUGGUAACAAAACAUUCUUAUAAAGUGUAGUCAAUCAAAGGUGUACCUUACGUUUAACGUGAGGUAUGUAUGUGUAAAUAUUCUUAACUGUUCCAUUUAGCAGAAUAAUAUUGAAACUUUUUUCAAUAAAGUAACAGUUGGAUGAAA